UCUUCCCUCUUGCACUCUUUCGGCCUUUCCCUCUUUCCCAUAUAACCUCUUGCUCAUCUAUCCUCUCUUUCCCUCUUUCCCGUAUGGUUCCCUUGCUCACCUCUCUUUCCCUCUUUCCCACCCUCUUCCUCACCUUUCUUUCCCUCUUUCCUGUAUAACCCUCUUGCUCAUCUCUCCUCUUUUUCCCGUACAUAUCUCUCUCCCUCUCAUUCACAAGCUUUCCUCUUCACAAUCACGAAUCCAACCAUCACCACCACUACUCUGUCAGUUGUCUCUCUCCCUCUCGUUCUAAACGACGGGCAGUGACGCGAAUCUGGAAACUGACGCGAAUCAAGUCCCAAAUUCAAGUGUAUAGAUGUCGCAUUUGAUCACUCGUCGUCGGAGUGUGACCAAUGCGCCUCCCACAUUAUCAGCAUCUACUGCUCCAUGCGUGAGUGCUCCAUUGAAUGGGGAGCCUACUCCCUUUAUUGAGGCUACUCCUACGGCGUCCCAGGUGCCUGUCUCAUCGACGUCAUCAGUGUCCGUUCACCCGCUCAGUGCACGGCGGCCUCACCGGCGUCGUCGCGAGCCGGACCCUUAUGAUCACACUUCCUCAGCAUCCAGGGUUGAGGGUGAGGCCUCCCAGCCAGCUAAAAAAAAAACUAGGGGGCCUAGUCGAAUGCUGAAGCCAGCACAGAGUGUACGUUUGACUGGCUCUAAGAUCAAGAUUGAGUAUGACCCGGUACAUCGUGGAGCUGCUACAGCACAACAGCAUAGCAUCGUCGUUAGUAGCUGUGGUGUUGUUAUUAAACAAAAUUGUCCUAUGCAGUGGGAGAAGUGGGCAGAAAUUCCCGAUAGGACGAAGGAUUUGGUGCGAGACAAGUUGUCGGUCAUUUUUGAUCUUGAUGAUAUAUCCCCCGAGGUCAAGGCCUACUUAGACGAGACCUUAGCAACCCGGUACAAACAUUGGAAGAACUAUCUUCACACGCAUUUUCAGCUAUGGGAUACUUUGGAGAUUGCUCGCCUAAGUGGUUGCCCAAGCGAGUUGAAGGACCGGCCAGAGGAUUGGGAGUGGCUCUGCAAACAUUUUACGGACCCAAAAUUUGUGAAGAAAUCUGUUGCUGGCAAGAUAGCUCGGGAGUCAAAGACACUUCUUCACCAUUCCGGUUCGAAGCCCUUUUCGUAUAGGCUUGAGGCACGACGUCAGGAGGGUUCUAAGUUCCCAGAGAUCGACAUGUUCGAGGAUGUUUACGUUCGACCUGGAGAUGCGAACAGUGAGCAUCUUCAUGCUCUUAUGGUGGAAAAGCGCACUGCUGUUAUCCAAGAAGCAACAUCGCAGCUUCCCCCUGAGACCCCGAUUGAGGACGUCCCGGUACCCGAGGAUGCAGGUUUUCAGAUCAUGACUGAUGUCUUAGAUCAGAACCUUGGUCGUCGUCAUGGCAAGGUUGUUCGUGGCAUGGGGAAAGCACGAGUUCGUGAGACUGGUGCCUCUUCUUCCAGAUCGAACACCGCAGAGGUCGAUUCAUUGAAGGAGCAAGUGACAACCCUACAGGGUCAGCUUCAGGUCCAGGGCGAGCAGAUGAGGGAGCAGAUAAGGGCCCAGGGCGAGCAGCUGCAGGCUUAUGCUGGCCAAGUGAGAGACCUUGUACGAGCCAUACAGAUGACUGGCCUCCAAAUCUCACUACCAGUAGUACCUGAUCUUGCUACACCUUCGACUUUCGAGCCACUUCACCCUACUGAUACCUAGUAGCCAUUUCACCAAGAAGAUUACUUGUAGUUUUUUUCUUUUUCAUUCGGACAUAAACAAUACAUUUCCAUAUUUAUAUG